GUAAUGUUUUGGCGGGCAAUUCAGUCAGCUGAUUCAAGUGUGAGCUACUUGACUCUUGUUUUACUCUGAUUUUAUCCAGAAAUGGGCGAGAACGUACAAGGAACAUUCGUAUCAGAGAAAAUUUCCAAAAUAAGAUGGCAACAUAGAGAUUUUACAGAAGCAAAGAAUUUCUUAACUGGCAGCUGGGAUAAUCCUGUAAAUAAAAUAACGUAUUGGACAUUUAACAAUUAUGAUGAAGAACCAUCUGUAGUCUUGUCAUCAUACUCAUUCCUUGGAGAUGUUACUGAAUUGAAGUUUAUCAGCAACGAUUUCUUUGUGGCUUCUUCAUCUUUAGGUUCUGUAAGAUUACUGCAAGUGUACGAAGAUACUUGUACUGAAUUUAAGGAGCACAUGGCAUGGGAGUUUAUACAUAAUUUUAAAACAUCAGAUUAUGCCUCUUGUACUGCAUUAUCUACUUUUGAACAGGACAUAGCUUCUGUGGGAGAAGAUGGAAAGCUUAAUCUUCUUACAUCUAUAGAAAAAAAGCCAGUUAGAAUUAUUGAAAGUGCUGAUAGUUGUUCCAUAUAUUGCGUUAACUUUUUAAAACACAAUGAAGUACUUACGGGAAAUUCAAGAGGCCACAUGAAAGUUUGGGAUUUAAGAAAUGAUCGAGAUAUACCUGCAUCCACUUUUAUGCUUUCUGAUCAAGUUAAAACAGCAGCUACAAGUAUUACGCAUCAUCCUACUCAAAGGCAUAUUGUAGUCGCUGGUGGAGAUGAUGGCAGUUUAACUGUAUGGGAUUUAAGGCAAAAUACUUAUCCAAUGUCGCAACUCAAUGCACAUGCCAAAGCUGUUAGUGAAACUUUUCAUCAAGACAGACCUGACAAUCUUUUCACUUGUUCUAUCAGUGGAGAAUUGUGGCAUUGGAACAAUGCACAAAGUUCAAAACUAAAACUUGAUACUGCAGAUACACAUUGGUUAAAUACAAUUAGUGCGAAUGGAAAAGUUAAUGUGACAUCAUUAUGUGCUGCUAUGCACAAACCGAUAAACAGUAUUGAUAUUAACAGGUCAACGUCUUUUGGAUGUGACAAUGAAGCAAUGGAUAGCUCAACAUCCAACAAUGCGACAACCACAGCAUCCACAGCGACAAAGAGUCAAGUGCAGUUCAAUCCAUACACUAUGCUGCCAUACACACCGAGAUACUAUGAGCUUUACAAGAAAAGGAUAACUCUGCCUGUAUUCGAAUAUCGUGCGGAUUUUGUGAGAUUAUUAUCUCAGCAUCAAUGUAUUGUUCUUGUCGGAGAGACAGGUUCUGGUAAAACUACACAGAUACCACAAUGGUGUGUGGAGUAUUCAAGAAGUAUCGGAAACAAAGGAGUUGCCUGUACAUCGCCAAGGAGAGUAGCAGCUAUGAGUGUAGCUCAAAGAGUUUCAGAAGAAAUGGACGUUGCCUUAGGCCAAGAAGUAGGAUACAGUAUCCGUUUUGAAGAUUGUAGUUCACCAAGGACUGUGCUAAAAUACAUGACUGAUGGUAUGUUACUUCGUGAAGGCAUGUCUGAUCCUAUGCUGGAUGCAUACCAAGUGAUACUACUCGAUGAAGCUCAUGAAAGAACAUUAGCUACCGACUUACUUAUGGGUGUUUUGAAAGAAGUGAUCAAGCAAAGACCAGAUUUGAAACUUGUGAUUAUGAGUGCCACUUUGGACGCUGGAAAGUUUCAACAAUAUUUUGACAAUGCACCACUUAUGAAUGUACCUGGUAGAACACAUCCAGUUGAGAUAUUUUAUACACCCGAGCCAGAAAGGGAUUAUUUGGAAGCUGCAAUUAGAACUGUCAUUCAAAUUCAAAUGUGUGAAGAAAUUGCUGGGGAUCUUUUAUUGUUUUUAACUGGUCAAGAGGAAAUUGAGGAAGCUUGCAAGAGAAUUAAAAGAGAAAUGGACAACUUGGGACCCGAAGUCGGUGAAUUAAAGUGUAUACCACUAUAUUCGACGCUACCACCGAAUCUUCAACAGAGAAUAUUCGAACCUGCUCCGCCUACGAAACCUAAUGGUGCUAUAGGUCGUAAAGUCGUAGUCUCGACUAAUAUUGCAGAAACAUCGUUGACUAUCGAUGGGGUUGUUUUUGUGAUAGAUCCUGGUUUUGCCAAACAAAAAGUAUACAAUCCCAGAAUUCGUGUCGAGUCUCUUUUAGUAUCGCCUAUUAGUAAAGCUUCAGCACAACAACGAGCCGGUCGUGCUGGAAGAACAAGGCCUGGAAAAUGUUUCAGAUUGUACACAGAAAAAGCAUACAAAAAUGAAAUGCAGGAUAAUACCUAUCCUGAGAUUUUACGUUCCAAUCUUGGGAGUGUUGUAUUGCAAUUGAAGAAACUUGGUAUCGAUGAUCUGGUACAUUUUGAUUUUAUGGAUCCACCUGCACCUGAAACCCUCAUGAGAGCUUUGGAACUUCUAAAUUAUUUGGCUGCUCUUGAUGAUGAUGGAAAUUUGACAGAUCUCGGCGCAGUGAUGGCGGAAUUUCCAUUGGAUCCUCAAUUGGCAAAAAUGCUUAUAGCUUCUUGCAAUCAUAAUUGCAGCAAUGAAAUACUCAGCAUUACUGCUAUGCUCUCAGUCCCACAGUGUUUUGUGAGACCAAACGAAUCAAAGAAGGCUGCGGAUGAUGCAAAAAUGAAAUUUGCACAUAUUGAUGGUGAUCAUUUGACGCUACUUAAUGUAUAUCAUUCCUUCAAACAACAUAUGGAUGAUGUCCAAUGGUGUUACGAUAAUUACGUCAAUUAUCGAUCAUUAAAGAGCGGAGAUAAUGUAAGACAACAAUUGAGCAGAAUAAUGGACAGAUUUGUAUUAAAACGCACUUCAACCGACUUCAACUCAAAAGAUUAUUACAUUAAUAUCAGGAAAGCUCUUGUUAAUGGGUUUUUCAUGCAGGUAGCACAUUUAGAGAGAACAGGACAUUAUCUAACUAUUAAGGAUAAUCAAGUAGUGCAGCUUCAUCCAAGCAGUUGUCUGGAUCACAAACCAGAGUGGGUUAUCUAUAAUGAAUUCGUGCUUACUACUAAAAAUUAUAUCAGAACUGUUACUGACAUUAAACCUGAUUGGUUGCUCAUGAUAGCACCGCAAUAUUAUGAUCUACAAAAUUUCCCUCAGUGUGAAGCAAAACGGCAAUUAGAAAUGAUUCAGGCAAAACUAGAUUCAAAGCAGUAUCAGGAAGGCUUCUAACCUCUAUAUACUUUAGACAUGUUUGAAAACUGUCGAGAGUAUUCAGUCAAUCUGCUUCUGUCAUGCAUAAUGAACUUUGGCACUUUUUCACACAUCAAAGUUACAUCACAUAAAAUAUUGUGAGAAGUCACUCUCUAUUCUUCAUUUAAGAUACAGAAGAAAUAUAUUAAAACAUUUAAGUUUUUAUACAAACUUAAGAGUAGCUUGUUUGAUGUAAAAUUGAAUAUUUGAAUACUUUCAAUGCUUAAGCUCGAAAAAAAGCAUUAAACAUGGACAAUUAGCUUGAGACACAGCAAAAAAUCAUAGUUAAUCAAUAAAAAGAUUAUUUAUGUACAUUUAAGAGAAAAUUUAGUUUUUAAGUAAUUUUUAAUAUAGUAGAAUUUACAGUAAUCUACAUUCGGACGCAUUUGGAAUGUCGCUAUUAAUAGUUUAAUUUACUAUAUAAAUUUAUUAUAUUUACAUUUAAAUGUAGAUAUAAUAGGUAAUUUUUGUAUUAAAUGUUGACUAUAUAUUGUGAAGGAGUAUAAAACGGCCACUUUAAAAAUAGUUAAAUAAUUUUUUCAUAUUUGCUUGAAAUCCUCUAAAAGAAAACUUCGACUUGUGCUAAUAUUAACAUAUUGUUCUCUCUCUUUAUCUGUUUUGAUAUGCUAACAAAUAGAACUUGAAACAAAUAGAACUGUUUUCUAUUCUCUUAAUUUAUUAAAAAAUGUGUGCAACAUAUAUAGCAUUUCUGAAUAAAAUGAAAAAAAAUCAUAGAGAAUUCAUAUCAAGAGAGAAAAUUGUAUAUGUUCAUUAUAAAUUUUGAUUUUACAACAAACUUUUAUCUAAAUUAGACAAAAUAGAGAGAACCAAACUAAAGAGAUAACAAAGAGAAGUAUUUCUAAACACAUUACCUAGAUCUAAAAAAAUCAAAUCACAGAAAAAAACCUAUUUAUAAUAUAUAUUAGUAUAAUCAAAGCAAACAUAAAAAAGAAAACCAAUAUGCUGUGGCCACAGAUCAUGAAAAAUAACAUUCAGUGUAAUAAAACACUUUUAUUAGCACCUGAAAAA